AUGAAGGUCCCCAUCCUGCAUCCUGGCAAUAUCUCGCCCACCGUAAUGUGCGAGUACGAACAUGCUUGCAGGAACUACUUUGAGCACAAGGAGAUCUCCGACGAUAAACAUGUCCGAAAGAUCCUCGCUGGUAUCAAGGACUCCAGAAUAUGCGAUUGGAUCGCAAGCAACCGCGCGUGA